AACUCAGGGAAUCUGAGGCAUAGCCAGACUCUGCUGGCAGUGGGACUCUGGAACAGCUCUGGAACAGCUCCCCACCACAUGGGUGCUCUGGCGGGCUCCCAGUGCCUCCUCCUCCGGAGAUGGGGCACUCUGCCUGUGCAUAGCCCCGUGCUGACUUCUUCCAGGGCCUUCUGAAUUUCCCAGUCUGCAGCCUCAAGGACACCCAUCCAGGAUUGGAGGGACAGAUCCUCUGGGAAGGCACAGCCAGCGGAGCUGGGCCAUGCCCUGGAGCUCCUCCUCACCUGUGGGAUCUCAGCAAAAUUGCUCUGUGUGGUUCUUCAGCCUCAGAGCGGUGUGUGACUGUUCAGGGCAGACCAAGGGACUUGGAUCAGCAGAUCCUCAGAUCUGCAGGCUGGAGGUCCCCAUCCACUUCUCCCUGGGUUAAGGCUGGUAAGGAGCAUCUUCAGUGGUUCCUGACACGGAAUCGCACCGCACCCCAGUGCCUUGGUGCUGGGAAGGCUUUGGUGUGGUCUCCUACGUUCUCCUGGCAUACCAAGUCAGCACCUCACAGUGCAGAUGGGUGGCUUUGUAAAGGCUGGAUGGGCCCUGGGCUCCAGGGGGAUUAGGGAUGGGUUGGGCUCUACCUGGGUGCCAGUUACAAGGGGCAAGACCCCUCAGGGGUCUUUCCUGGGACAUGUCCUAAUAGCCAUAGCAGUGACCUGAGAAAUGCACCCCCAAAACAAGACCCUCAAUGUCCCUUCCAACCUGAGCUCUCCUGGGAUCUUGUAGCUCCCCAAUCCUCUUCCCAAACCUGCUGCAGGUUUGCUCUGUAGCUGCAGCUUUUUUAUUCUUAUGACAGACUCUCAUGGAGAUCAGGUCUUGAUCUCCACAAUCACCACUACAUCAUUAUCCGUCCCAGGAGGGGGACACCCCCCAAAAUAAUCACCUAAAUAUUUUUUAAAAAUAAAAAUGACAAAACAUUACCCAGGAUCUCUGCUGAGGAAUGUCACAGGGGAAGAAAAACUCUUUUUGUGAUCAAGAGACUGAACUUCAAAACACCCAAACUGCACAUCUCUGCGGGGCACCUUUCUGCAGGGUUAUUAAUAAGAAAUAAUUGUUUUAAAUGCAGAAAAGCCUGUGUACUUUCUAUUCCCUUCCAAAAGCCCUGCAACGCUUGUCCUUAAUGAAUAAUGAAAGAUGCUUUUGUAUUGCUUCCCACCCAUAGACUUUCAAGUGAUUGUUAAGCAAUAAUAAAUAGGACUCUAAAGAAAUCAGGGCUUGAUGAAAACUUAAUUCUGGACUAAUAAGAGAAGCACCUGCUGUUGCACAAGUUUAUAGAUGUUCCUGGGGCUUUGGUGGGUGGAGAAUUUUGGUGAAAGCUCUGAAUGUUCCAGCCCCGGGAAAAUACCACUAAAUGAUUCUGAAAUGUUGUUGUGUAGCUCCAAGGGAAUUAGAAUUUGGAAGGAAACCAGGAGAUGCCAUGGCCUGAACAGGCACUUUGAUGCCCUGAUCACAGCACUGCUGUGAUGCCCUCUGUGAUCUCACUCUGAGGGGGCAUUUAUCAUGGAAAGGCAAACCCAAAGAGGACAUUGUUCUUUGAGGAGAGAGGGGCAGCAACAUCCCGUGUCAGACUGGGGGAAUUGGAUUUCAUGGGAAAACAAUGUACUCCACCAGGAAGCUGAUGUGUCAUUCAGCCCUGCCAAGGGAAAGCACAUGGUGCAGGUGAAAAACUGAAGGGAUAUCAUGGAAUAAUGGAAUGGGUUGGGUUGGAAGAGACCUUAAAGGCCAUCUCAUCCUACCCCCUACCAUGGACAGGGACACCUUCCAUCAUCCCAGGUUGCUCCAAGCCCUGUCCAACCUGGCCUUGGGCACUGCCAGGGAUCCAGGGGCAGCCACAGCUUCUCUGGGCACCCUGUGCCAGGACCUGCCCACUCUCACAGGGAAGGAUUUAUUCCUGAUAUCCAAUCUAAUCCUGACAGAGGGCAGCUCUGUCAGCCACGAGUUGCCCAAUAAAAAUUAAGCUGAAAAAGGCAGUUAGUUGCUCUCAUUUGGGUUGGUAGGUACCGAGUUCUUGCCUGCAGCUCACAGCCAGAGACGUCUUGAUGUUGACAGGAGAGUUCACCUUACUGAGGGGUCUUUACCCGACCUUCAGAGGUAUCUUCUGAACACCUCAACACUCCCACCAGUCCCAUCAGGACUGGUUGGAAUCAGGACUCAGCAGUGUGUUGGGUAGUUUUGUGUAACUGAUCACUUAAAUACCACUAUAAUUCUGUUGGGAUCAGUGGGGAAAACUUACGGAGGAUUUGCCUUGAUUGUCAAUUAAUUAUUUGUGCUGUUGCACUAUCCCAGGCAUGUAACAGGAAUAAAUUUCUUGACUGAAAGGGUUGUCCAGCCCUGGCACAGCUGCCCAGGGGGAUUUAAAAGCUGUGAGGAUGUGGCACUUGGGGACACAGGUUAGUGGCGAGCUUGGCAGCGCUGGGAUAAUGGCUGGACUUGAUGGCAAUUCUGUGAUUUAUGCCUCUGUGAUGCCUCGCUGCUGCUGGUGAGCUCUUGCCCUUCCGUAACACGCUGUGGAGAGCAGCUGCAUGAAAUUAUUUGCAUUGAUGUCACCUGAAGCCCGCUGCCGUGAGCUGGGAGCACACAGCGGGAGCUGUGGAACCCGUGUGCCACCUCCAAGCGACGCCGCUCCCUGCACAGCUCCGCGUGUGCCCGUCCCUCUAGCGCCGGGGCUCUCAGCCUGGCCUUCCCACGCCUCUAGACAGCGGCGAAAUGCCGGACGUUCAUUUCGGUCAGGAAACAUCAUUUUCCCAAGAGAACCGUUUUCUGCCCGGGUGAAGAAGCACAGAGAGGAGCUGCGCCUGCUCCCGCUGCGGGCACGGGGACAGCGACAGAGCCCAAGUGCCCAGCCAGCCCUGGCAUCCAAGAUGUCCUUGAAGGUGCAGACCAGCAACAUCACCAACAAGAAUGACCCCAAGUCCAUCAACUCGCGGGUGUUCAUCGGCAACCUCAACACGGCGGUGGUCAAGAAGUCAGAUGUGGAGACCAUCUUCUCCAAGUACGGGCGCGUGGUCGGCUGCUCCGUGCACAAGGGCUACGCCUUCGUGCAGUACUCCAACGAGCGGCACGCGCGCGCCGCCGUGCUGGGCGAGAACGGCCGCGUGCUGGCCGGCCAGAGCCUGGACAUCAACAUGGCCGGGGAGCCCAAACCCAACAGACCCAAAGGGCUGAAGAGAGCAGCCUCUGCCUUGUACAGUGGCUACGACUUCGACUAUGACUAUUACAGAGACGACUUCUACGACAGGAUCUUCGAGUACCGGGGCCGGGUGUCGCCGGUGCCGCGGGUGGUGCCGGUGAAGCGGCCGCGCGUCACCAUCCCCCUGGUGCGGCGCGUCAAGGCCUCGCUGCCCGUCAAGCUCUUCGCCAGGUCGGCCGCCAUCGCCAACAGCUCGGCCAAGCUCAAGUUGAAGAGCAGCGAGCUGCAGACAAUCAAAACAGAGCUGACACAGAUCAAAUCCAACAUUGAUGCUCUCCUGGGCCGGCUGGAGCAGAUUGCUGAGGAACAGAAACUGUCUGCAGAGGCCCGGAAGAAGGUGGAGAGCAGCAAGAACGAGGUGUCCCAGGAGGACACGGCCUCCGAGGCCGAGGCCACCGUGGAGGAGCCGCUCAACGGGGACGAGGGCGAGGAGGAGGGGCUGGCACGGGAGGAGUGUGAAGAUGAACUGGAGAACAGCCAUUACACAGACGUGGAGGAUGCCAGGCUACAGUAACCAGCUGUGAGCAACAGUGUGAGGAAAGCACGAAGCUAAACCCUGUCCUGGCACGUUGAGCAAGGCGAGCUGAAUGGAAGUGCUGCUGUCAUCUCUACCUGGCAUUCAAAGGAGAAACAUGGCCCGACAUCUUCCAUCCAUCUGUAAAGCAAAGGCAAAGAAAACUCAUCCUCCCAGCAGAUCCCCACUACCCCUGCAAUGGAUUUGGAGCUCUGCAGCCAGCAGAGGAGGCAGGAGCCAGACCUGCACAACCCAGAGCCACCACAGAGACCAGGAGAGCAGGUGUGUGCCCAGGGCAGCCAGAGGUGUUCUAGAGCUGCUUGCAGGAGAGCAGAGAGAGCUCAGCCCAGCCCAAUAAAGACAUUUUUCCUGUGCGA